UGCCAAGGUCAAUAGAGCAUCCUAAAUGGGAUUGGAGGACAGAACCGGAGAACCAUGAUUUUGAUGAACUAAAUCAUAUUCUUCAAGAGAGCAAAAAACUUGGAAAAGCCCUUGAGAAUCUGUCUCGCAGCAUUGCUAUUUCUGAUGAACUUGAUAAGGACACAACAGGUUUUAACACCCCCCUUCUCAGACCUCGUGUGAUUGGAGAAUGGGUUGGCCGUGAAGAGAAUGAUGCAGACCCACUGGCUGCUGAGAUGCUGCAGCCACCAAUACCAAGAAAUAAAAAUGAGCAGUGGGAUAGCGAGGAUAGCAGCAGUCCUGGAGGAAGCUUAAAAAUGGAGCCAAAGACCAAAGGACUAAAACAACAGCAGCAGCAGCAUAAGAAAUUGCUGGCCGCCAUGCUUUCUCAGGACUCCUUUGAUUCUGCUCAAAGUACAGCUCCAUCUGUAACCGAAGAAGAUAUCGACAAUGAAGAUGAUGCAAUGGAACUGCUGG